ACAACACAUGUGCUAUCUGCUACGUAGGUACCCACUUUCCCGGUUCCAGGUUCUCUCUCCUGCUCCUUUGAGGGACGCUUGGUGGUUCAUUAUGCCGUUGCGCCCGGUGCGGUUGCACUGCCACAAGGCUUAUGUACCUGUCAAGGGGCCUGGAGGGGCCGAGCCACAGGGUCCCUUUAAGUACCGUGGGAGUCGCUGUUUGAUGACUUUACGUCAAGACGACUUUCUGGAUUAUUUGAUUUGACCGAACGACAGGUGUUGACUGAGGUCUUUGCUUUAAUUGCGAGCAGACGCAAGAGUUGGGAAGCAGUACAAGGAUGCGCAUCGCCUUCGCUGACGAUUCCUCAUUUACGCCUUUCCUCUCUCCUUUCUUCAUAUCUCCUUGAUUGUCACCAGGAAAGAACCCUUAAUCAACGUCCUCAUCACCUCAAUUCGUCGGCAAGAUGUCAACAACUUACCUAACCCCCCUCACAACAAACACAACAACCAAACGCUCCGCCUCCGCGCCCCCGCCAAGCCGGACACUCUACACCUUCCAAGAAGUCCACCCUUGGCAACGCGACAAUGAGUACCUGAAGAAUCAUUAUCGAUGCACCACCAAUUCCUACCGCGAAUGUCUGAAAAGCUUGUCGUAUCUGCACAACCAGACUGGAAACAUCUACACGCAUCUCAUUGGCGCCGUCUUCAUCCUCUUCUACGCCAUCUACGCCUACAGCAAUAUCAGCAGCCGUUACGAGACUGCCAAUAUCAACGAUUUACUGGCUUUUGGGGUUUUCGUGGGGAGUGCCGUGGUGUGUUUUGGCGUUAGUGCUACGUUUCACAUGUUUGGAAAUCACAGCAGUAAAGUGUAUCAUACAUGGUUGCAAUUGGACCUGUAUGGAAUUUUCGUGUUGAUCGUCGGCACGGUGUAUUCGGGGACUUAUUAUGGUUUCUAUUGUCAGAAACAAUACUGGGUGUUGUAUUCGGCUGGGAUUACCUCGAUUGUUACGGGAGCCGCGACACUUUGUUCGAUACCAAGGUUCCGGACGCCGAAAUGGAGAUGGGCCAGGGCUACGCUGUUUUGUGCGAUUGGUUGGUCGGGCGCGGUUCCCAUGACGCAUGCGGCUCAGGCGUUUGGAAAGGAGCAAGCGGAUAGGCAGAUGGGGUGGAGGUUGAUGAUUUUUGAGGGCCUGUUUUAUAUCACAGGGGCUUUUAUCUAUGCGAUCCGCUUCCCAGAGAGAUUUCGUCCGGGACUUUUUGAUAUCUGGGGUUGCUCGCAUCAGAUAUUCCAUCUUUGUGCUGUCGGGGGCGCGGCGCUGCAUUUAGUGGCGCUGCUGAAAGCGUUUGAUUACAAUCAUGAUCCGGCGACACGGAUAUGCUGAAGGUACCCACUUUGAAGCUAUAGAGCAAAAGUCUACUUUAUCCAUGCACACUGCUCGUUCAAGACUCCAUCUUCUCCUUCAUUCCCAACGCUCGACCUUAAUAAACGACCUUCGUCGCCCUUUCAGCUUGCUCAUCGC